GGUGGUAGUCCGGGCGAGGUUCCGCGGGGAUCUCUUUUAUUUUUGCCUACAAUUCGUGAUAAACACAUUCUGAGGUCUCGUGUAUGAACUCAGUAAUGUAGAAAGGACAAUCUGACUGGGAAUAUCACGUUAAGAAGUGUAGAAUGUAUACAUGAAGCUGGAAAAGAGUAAAUGGAGAGGCCCAGACACCGCCAGUUCCAGCUUGGCACACACAACCUUGACGGACGACAAGGGUGCAAGAUAAGUAGCAAGGAGUGAGCUGGCAGUUGUUCUCGGUGCCACAGAAGUGCAAGAGAAACUUAAUCAUCUGCGCUCAUAUGUUCCUUUUGUGGAGCGCAUGAUUUCAAAACUAGAGGUGCGUUCUCAACAGAUCGGCACGAGCCCAGGCCAACUUGAUCGGUUACAUGGACUUCAUGGGUUUUUAACAAAGCCAUUACCUAGAGCACCAAGGAUGGAGAUGUUAGAGAAGAUGGAAGCUGUUAUUCGCAGCAUGCACGAAAAGGUUCAGAAGGCACAAGGGAAACCUGUUGCUGGAUCUAGCCCAACACUAGAAGUAAAUUCUUCUGGUCCAGAACCAAGUCAUUCAAGACCUGAACCAAGUUACACUGGUCCUGAACUCAGUUAUUCUCCGCCGGAGUUAAAUCGUUCUGAACCUGAAACAAGCUAUUCAGGAAUUCGAACAGGUUAUUCUGGAACUGCUCCUAAACCGAGUAGUUUGACUGGACAUGGUUUUGCACAUGGAACGGGGGUUCAUGCAGGUGUUGGUCAACCCUCACCAGGUCAUGGAAUGAACCCAGUUCACACACACAGGCCAUCACCGGUACACAACCCUGCAUCAGGGGAACGGAAAAGCACAAGAGAGAGUGGGGGAGGAGAAAAACCAAGGGAGUUGGGGCGUGAGGAAAGGGCAAAGGAUAGGGGGGGAAUGGAUGUGUCGAGGGAAGGUAGCUAUGAGAGAGGUCGAGGCAGAGACUUUGAUCGGGGUGAAGCGAGGCAUGUUGAUAGAAACAGAGAACGUGGAAAUGAAAAAUCUAGAGAAAGAGAAUAUGAGAGGAGUAGAUCCAAAGACUAUGAAAGAAGACGAAGCCAUGAUCUUGAUAGACAUAGGGGAAUGGAAAGAAGUGCAGAGAGAGAUGCAAGGAUUAGGACCUUAAAUGAGAGAGAAUAUGAGAGAAACCGAGAAAGAGGAGGUAGUUUUAGAGAGAGGGAUCAUGAGCGAGAAAGGAAUCGUGACGGUGUCAGAGGGAGCAGUUCUCAAGAGAGGCAGUGUGAUCGCAGCAGGGAGAGAGAGGCUCCCAGAAUGGAACGCCAACACAGUCUCGGUGAACACGAGAGAAGACAGUUGGAGGGGAAAAUGUCUUCAAAGAGGAACAGCCUCCUUGAUCUUCCUAUGCCCCCAUCAGCAACCAGCCGUGAUAUUCCGCAUCCUUUUGGGGAUAUAGGAAAUAUAGCUGAACCAAAUACAGAAAAAUUCCAGAACUCUAGAGAGAAGCUCCAAAAGCUUUUUGGUAUAUUUGGAGAUUCAUCUGGGCCACGAGAAGAAGCUAGUACUUCAAUAACAUCACGAUCACGAGGAUGGAGGGAUGAAGUUAGAGCAAGGGGAGACCAGUUUUUUACGGGAAGAAGUUCAAGUCAAGCUACAAAUGAAGUAGUGGAUGACAGAGGAGAUUAUCACCUUCAGAGACGCAGGUCCCAACAUGAUGAUAAUUCUUCAAAGCCAUCACACCACCCUAAUGCAAUGAGGGACUAUUCUCGUGGCCUGAAUAGUGAUCCCAGAAACCAGUCCCACCAUUGGAAAGUAAGUAGCUCUCAUUCAAGCACAACCCAUCAUGUUCCACCCCAAAGGGAAAGUCAACAAAGCACCCCAUGUGACACACCCAUGUCCCCAGACCAGUCUCCUAGUUGUGGGUUUGAGGCAGUUGACACCCCUCAGUCUCCAGAUAUGGAAGCUUCUUUCAGUCCAAUUGUUUCCUCAGAAGAGGGAACACCAGUAAAAACCAUACCCCUAGAGAAUCUGCAGCAGAAAGGUGUUGAUCUAGAAGCGAUAAAGAAAGCUCUCGCACAGAUUCGUGCAAAUGAAAAACCCCAGUCUAAUACUUCCAGCUCUGAGCAAGGUCCAUCUUACCGUUAUGAGGAUUUUGUGGGUCCUGCUAUUAAAGCCAAAGCUGAUGAGGAUGAACCUUAUGAUCCUGAAGAAGUAUGGAACUGUCAGGAUUUGGAAAUGACAGAACGUCAACACCCUGCAGUGAGUAUGGCUCAUUCAUCCACAGGUUUGUGUAAAAAAGAUGUAGAUCUUCGGCAGAUUCCAAAGAGCAUACCACUACCUCACAUUUACCAGGCAAAAAUGCAAGAGAGACAGAGUCAUUACUCAGGUCAUCAGGUCCCACACAUAAAAGAUGCAGCUAGGACCUCUGACACAGGAAGUAGUGCACCAGUCUCCUUGUCAAAUAUACCUCUUCCCCAAAGGCAAACUACAGCUGGUCAAAUUUGUGAUAAGUCACUAGGCCAUAUUCCCCACAGUCAGUCAACAACCUCUGGCGCAGGGUGGUUUCAGGCCUCUUCCACUACAAGACCAAAUGAUUCUCAGAGCAUCCGAGAAAAUGUCAGUGAUGUGGACAUGAGACAUCACCAGCAUCAACCUCCAUUACCAAAGUCACAUCAUCCUCCUUUACCUAAGGUUCAUCAGCCACCAUUGCCUAAGCCACAUCAGCCUCCAUUACCUGCAUCACAUCAGCCUGCAUUGCCAAAAUCAAAUCGGCCUUCAUCACCAGCGACACUUCAAGCUUCGUUGUCAAAGUCACAUCAGCCUCCAUUGCCAAAAUCACACCAGUCAUCUUUGGUAAAAUCACAUCAGUCACCAUUACCAAAAUCGUUCCAGCCCCCACUGCCAAAAUCACCUCCUCCUGAACCUCAUCUUUCUCCUAGUCCUUCCAACAAACGACCUGAUGAAUUAACAGACAAAGAAGGACACAGAUACAUGGUGAACAGGUUAGAUAAUAUACGUUCUCGAAUUGCACACCAAGCUGGAGAAUUAAUCAAACCAGGUCAGCAGGGUGUAGCUCUCACCCAGAUGGAAAAGUAUAAAUUAAAGAGACAGACUAGUUUGUCAGAAGUUAAAUCUCCAACACAUUCUUUGGGUAUGACUUCCGCCAAAGAAAAUGUUUCUGUAAAAUCAGAAUCGAGCAUAAAGGGUAAAGAUUCUUUAUCUGUCCUGGACCUACUCAUACCAGAGAGUGAGAAAGGGGUAGAAGAAAAACCAUCUGUCUUGAGAGACCCUCGGCAAGUUAAUCAGAAUGUAUCAACCCAACCUCCCAGAGAUCCAAGAUUAAAACAACAGGUUGAUCCCCCUGAGAAUGAUUCCGUGUCGGUUAUAUCACGUAGUAGGGACCCAAGAUUAUCAACAACGUCAACUGGAGGAGGUUUACCGAGUUUAAGAGACCCAAGACACCAAAGUAAUCGUGAUCCAAGACAGGAAUCCGGAAGUUUUUCUACCACUUUAAUUAGAGAUGGAAGGGAUGAUGCUGGGAAAUUUUAUGUGGCUUCUAAUUCUGCAAACAGAGAUCCUAGACAAGAUCCUGGAAAGUUUCCUAGUGCAAGUGGUCCACAAGUGAGAGAUCCUAGACAUGAAGCUGGAGCAUAUAUUGGUGUGUCAGGAACACCGGCUCGUGAUCCCAGACAUGAACUUGGAAAUUUUUCUGGUAUUCCUGCAAGAGGAAGCAGGGAUCCCAGGCAAGAAGCUGGUAUAUACCCAACCAUGACAGGAUCCCAGUAUAGAGACCCACGUAUGACAUCAAGGGUAGAGAGGCCUUCAGGGAGUGUUUGGCAGCCACAGCCAGCAGCUGCAUUACCUGGAAACUAUCCAGUACAGCAACCACCCAGUUCAAGUGUUGGAGUAGUCGAUCCAAAUCCCGCUCAGUCAGCUAGUGGUUCCCUGAUUGGACAAACAUUCACAUGCCUAAUGAUGAGAGGUUUGCCUCCAUUCACUAAUUCUAAUCACAUAUAUCACUUCUUUCAGGAGUACAUCUUGCGUGACAUAUCUAUUGAAUUAGACAGUCACUACCUGUGUAAGGGAACUGCCUAUAUACAUUUUCCCAGUCAUGCUAGUGCCCGUGAAGCCUUGGAACUUGUAAAUGGGCAUCAUUUGCAGGGCUAUCCAAUAACACUAAGAAUUUGUACGGUAGGAAUUCUUCGCCAGGCUAAGAAUGCCUAUGAACAAUUAAACCGUGACAGAGAAGCUCAGUUAGGCAUCCCGGAGCGACCCAGGGGAAACGGAAACCCAUUCUUUAAGCCUCGACCAAAAGAACAGCCUAGUAAACCAGUACCAUCCAAAUCUGCCUCUCUCACUGCAAGUGUAGAAACACCUGCUUCUUCAAAGAAGGUACAGGAACCUGAGGAAGUGGUAAGUGAAGUUGGUGGAAAUACAAACAAAUACUCGGAACUAUGUGGGGUUAAAGUACCGCCAAAAUCAUCAGGUAAAAUAUUAAGUUUCAAGAUUCCAAAGAUCAGGAAGGAGAAGGAUGCUGCCCGGAAGAAUGCGCACAAGGCCGUCACUAUUGAUGAAAGUAAGAAUAAGACAAAAACAUCUGAAAAGAAAAAAGUGACACAUAAACCCACUGAAGCUAGCAGCAGUAAAGUCAAGCCCCCUGUAAAGGAUUCAUCUGAGUCGGACGACGACUUACGUAACAUAAAAGCAACCAAUAAAAAGAACAGAAAGUUUAAGAAAAUUGUAAUUCUGUCUGAUUCUGAUUCAGAAGAUGAGGAAAAGCCAAAUAAAUCUAACAGCAGUAAAUAUGAAUCCUUAAGUUCUGUCAGUGAUAAAAUGGAUAUGAGUAAUGAUGAUGACGAUGAUGAUGAUGAUGAGGGCUAUAUGGUUAUUGACGAAACUGUUAUGUCAGAUGAUGGAGAAACGGAAGAAUCAGAAGUAAGCUCACAGGUGUCAGAGGAACCUCUUGAUCAAGCACUACCUGUCAAAGUAAAAGAGAAAAGAAAACCAAAAGAUAAAAAGAAGAGUAAAAGUUCUACUGGAAAAGGUACAAAGAAGAGAGCGCCAGGCAGCACUAAAGGAAAAAAGAAAGUACCAAUUAAGACUGACACAUCUGCACGGAAGAUACGUGGUAAAAAAUCCUCAGAUAAGUAUAUGGCAGACAGUGUUUACAAGCCAGAACUGAACUUAAAUUCUUCUGUGGGUCUGAAAUUAACUCGUCACACUCAAGGAGAAUUAGAGGAAUUGAUUACCGAGAAAAAGAAGCUUAAAGUCUUGAUUCCCGCACCACAUAAACUUGUGGUCACUUUAAGUGAUGAUGAUAAACUGAAGAGAAGAGGUGGAAGAAGAAAAGUUACUGAGAUAUUACCACCACCAAUUGUUGAAGAGGUAAAAGUAAUAAGUGAAACGCCGCCAUCUGUGGUUCCUGAAAAUAUUGUGCCAGUCGUCAGCAGCAUUUCUCGUCAAAAACUUAACAAGAGUGUAACAGAAGAUGUGGUUAUUGUCAAGAAAGAAGUUAUUGUAAAGAGUUGGGUUCAGGCCAAAGACUCCAUUUCUGAUGAUGAAAUGUUCCUUCCAGUUAAUACCAAGUUAAAUUGUGCUCUGAAAAGGGAAGUAGCUAUUGGUACCCCGACUUCAAGAAAAGGUAAGAAAAGAAAAUUGUCUGCCACAAAAAAUGAACAAAUAAAAACAUCCAACAAAGAGUCAUUUAGUAAUAGCUCUCUUAAUGAUGAUGAUAUAGGGGGUAGCACAGAUGAUGGAGGUGAAGAUACAAGUAACUCCAGAGAGAUAACAAAACAUGGUGUAACAGCAAAAGGGAAAGUUAGUAAAAAGUUUUGCUUAGAUGAUGAAGCUUCCUCCAUCAAAAGUGAGGGAGAAAUCUUACAUAUUGAUAGCUCUAAUAACAAAAUUGAAGACACCAGUAAGAACUCUCGAGAAACAGCAAAACGUGGCUUGACAACACCGAUUAGAGGAACGGUUAGUAAAAAGUCAAGGAUAGAUGUUGAAGAUUCUUCGUUUAAAAGCGAUGGUGAAAAUUCACAUCAAUUUGAUGUGUUUGAGAACGAUGGUUUAUCUGAUGACAUGCCCGAUCUCACUCAGAUUACCCCAAGUUUAUUAGAUGUAGACCCAACAAUUAGUAAUGCUCUGCCAAAUGCAUCUGCUCUCGCAAAUGUAUUGAGUCCACCACACAUGAUUCACCAGGUAAAUGAAAAUGUUGCCCCAUCAAGGAAUGAGUCAAGUGGUGACUGGUCAUGUGGAAAAUUGCAGAUAAUGGAGGUUGAAAGUUUACCUUCAGAGGGAGUUUCUCUCACACAGACAAAGGAAGAUGAUAAAGUACUGGAUGAAAUGCUUGAUAUGGUUAUUGAAAGUAGAGAGAAUAGAGGUAAAACUGAGGUAGACCUCACUGAAAAGACUUCAGUGCCCGACACAGGAAAAGAGACUCCACAGGAUGCUCUUGAUAUUAAACUUAAAGAAAAACUAGAGAGCACUGUGGAAGGUAAGAUUAUUUUAAAGGAAUCAGAUGGGAACACCAAGGCAACCUUAGACAUAACACCAAUGGAAGGUGUACUUGAGAAAUCUAAAGAUUUAGAUAAUGAAAAGAAGGUUGGUGUUACAGCAUCCCUGACUAGAAGAGCAUCUCACCCAGAUUCAAAAGAUAGUGAUGAAGAUGUUAGACACAAAGGAAAGACAAUGCUUGCUAACACAGAAGGGGAGUCAAAAGAUAUAAACUCGACAAAACGUAAAUUGUCAACAUCAGUAGAUGUGCAUACCAGUGAAGCUAAAGGUUUACCCAAUAAUGAUUCGAAGGGUUUGGAAACAAGAUUUAAUAUUGAGGCUGAAGCAACUGGAAUUUCUUUUAACACAAGUGAUCAAAAUAAGAAAUUAAGUCACAUUUCAUUUGAACGUAGUGCAGAGACUAAGGAGACAAAAGUUAGCAGUGUUGGUUUAGAAGUAUCAAUAAAAACAGAUGGAAACACUGCUGAUAGCACUAUGAACAGUGAAGACAUGGAUAUGGACGACGAUGCUGCUAGUGUUGGGAAAGUGAGCACGAGUAGCUUUGUAGAUGAUGCUUCUAUAGUCUCGAGUGAAGGUCGUGAUCUGAAAACCCCUGAGUCUCAGUCUUCUAAGAAAGGAAAGAGAUCUAAGUCAAUAGGGUCUCUAGCCUCAAUAGAAUGUCGACGAGUGACACGGGGCUCGGUAGUGCAGCCCCUAACAGCAGAGGUUGUUGAAUGGGACGAUGGAGGGGUAGUGGAUUUAUUUCAGUGUGACUUGUGUGAUUAUUUUGGUCGCCACAUGGCUAAUCACUUAGUCAAUUUUCACACUGAAAGGGAGCUGCUAUGUGAGUUCAAAAAAGAAGACUUUCCACCUGUAAUAAAAGAUCAUGUUGGACCUCCGAAGGAAAUGAAUAAGGAUGACCAUGUUCCAAUAGACUUGAGCUGGAUUCCAACUCAUAUGAACUUUGAGAAAAGUGUAACGUGUAAAGAUUGUGAUUAUAUAUCGAAUAGUCGCUUUGAUCUGAUAUAUCAUUUCCUAGAGCACACUCCUGAAAUGGCUGCCUUUGUUUUUCAUUGUCGUCUGUGCAACUACAUGUCAGAGAAAAAGGAAGAUUUUUACAACCACAUCUCGAGUCACACGGGAGAAUAUCGCUACAGGUGUGAACUUUGUGGUCACCGCACAUAUAAGAUGGCCCUUCUCCAGGCACACCACAAAGAAUGCCAUCGCACACAAUCUGAGAAGUUUUUCAUAUCAGCUAUGAUAGAAGAAGAUGGUUGGCUAUACAUUAAUGUCUGCAAAAUUUGUAUGUUUGUAAGAAUUGGAUUAACUGCUGCCGAGGAACAUGUGAAGCAUCGUCAUGGAGGGAAGGCAGACAUUCACAAAGCCAACAUGAGUAGACAUAUUGUUUUGCACUCUGAGCUGAGGAAAGCGUCAGGUGAAUCUGAAAAUACCUCUGCUCCUCGUCCAAAGUACAAGGGGAAAAAAAAAAAAAGGGGGAAAAGAGGUCCAGAUCUUGAGGUGUUUGUUGGAGAAGAAAAGGAAGACGAGACAGGAGAGGAGGAAAAGGCAAAACAGCUCGUGGACAGAAUUUCUCUUAAUAUUCAUACGACAAUAUCUGCACAAGAAGCUCAUAAAAGAAUGACAUUACUAAACUCGAUUAGUAAAAAAUUGGAUGAAGAGGCACAAGAAGAAGAAAAAGAAGGGGAAUUGGGUGUAAAGCCAAAAAAUCAAGAAGAGUUACCUGCCAGUUGUCAGUUAUCAACUUCAGCCAACAAAAGUGAUGUUAUAAAAGAAGGGAAAAAGGAAAUUCAAAGUGAAAGCACAAACACUGAACAGAAAUCAGAUGAACCACAAAAUGUCUUAAUAGAUGAUAGUAAUGAUGGAAAAAAUGCCAUUGGUGACGUGCAAAAGAAUGCAACAAAUGAAGAUACUGAUUCUGUUGAAAGUGAUAGUGAGUCUACCAUGAGUGCUGUUGAGCAUGAUGCUAUGGAUGAUGCAGUUGUAGGUGCAGGUAAAGGUUUUCUUCAAGAUACAAUAAAGAAGCUUUCUGCUAAGCUGGAGGAAGAUGCAAAAAAGACUAAGUUCGAAAUAACAGCAGUGGAACAAAAACAGGAGGAGGAAAAGCCCCAGCAGGAGUCUCAAGAAGUGUCAGCAGGAGAUAAGUGUGUCAGUGCAAGUAAUGUUCAUGAUGAUGAUAGCGACUCCGACAAUUUAGUGAUAUGUGAAGACGUUGAUACCGAUGCUAGAGAAGACCAAACGCCAGCAGAUGACUCUCAAGCAGGAGCGAGUUCUGUGGAUACAAGCACCGGCACUGGAGGAACUGAUGGACCGUCACUACAUGAUUCAAUUCAGUCAAUUCUUCGAGAAGCAUCUGCAAAAAACCAGGCACCUUCAAAAAUGCCUAAGUUAAGAAUUCGUCCUGCACACCAGCUGCUGGAUCCUCGACAUACUAUAAAGCCACCCAAGAGAAAGAUAAGAUCAGCAUGCUUUACUUGCUGCGAUGAAGGGUGCAGCUAUAGCAGCAUUAACAACAUGGACUUGAUCAAGCACAUCAUUGUCACUCAUGGGCCAUACAAAUGCAUUGCUUCAGGCUGCCAGUUUGUUACCAAGUCUAGGGAGGUCUUCAGCAUUCAUUUUAGGACCCUGCAUCCUAAGCUGAGUUUCUUGGUGUGUCCGUUUCAUUGCAAGAAUGUAUUUCGUCAUUUUGAUGAGCUUGUUGAACACCUGUCUAGUCAUAAUACAGCACAUGAGGAAGAUCUAACUACUCAGUCUGAAGAAGCUGGGAAAGAGAGAACGGAAUCAGAAGUUCCGGGAUUUUUACGUAUUGAAAGUGUCAGCACCUUAGACCCUACUGCUGCUUCUCAAAUGUUUGGUGAAGACUAUGAUGGUACAUCAAGUGAAUCUGUUUCCAGUUCAUCCCAGGUAAAAUCUCCUGUGCCAACAACUUCUGAUGAACAAGGAGUGGCUGGGAUUAUGCCUGUUAUAUCAGUUGUGAAGACUGGAAAUACUUUUGUGUCUACUGCUAUUAACUCGAGUGUGAUUGAGAGCCAGGCCAGUUUUCCUGUACCUGGAGUGACACUAAGUGGAACAAACAUGCUCCAAGUUGCUAUAACAACACCAGUAAGCAUUCCACCUGUCACUGGAACCUCACUAACUAAAACAACUACCUCGAUGUUGGGAAAUACCGAUGCAUCUUCUGAAGCAAUAGGAGGUACUUGUACCCAGUCUCCACUUGAAGCUGUUUCAAGUUCUUCGCAAGCUGCAGAAGCAAAGAAGUCUCAGCCAGCCGUUGUGACACUUGAUGAAGAUGGAGGCGGAGAAAAAGCAGAAAUCAGUAAAUCUCGGAGUGAACACCCCCCACCCCCUGGAAUGUCUACUCUUCCUAGAGUCCCUCCAACUGUCCCUGUUCCGUCUGUAUUCCAAAUAUUUCAACCAAUAGAUAUUUUCAAGACUCUCAUCACGAAGCUUGCACCAGAGGUAUUUAAGUGCAUGUACAAAGGUUGUAUAUAUGCUGAUGACGACCCCGAGUUGUUUGUUCAGCACAUCUCACUACAUGGUCAGGACUACAGAUGUUGUUACUGCUUGGUGCUAAUGGCAAGUCCAGGAACAUUAGUACAGCAUGUUAUCACUGAACACAGCCACUGCCAGUUCCAGUGCAAGUACUGCCUUUACCGAGCCUUUACCAAGGUUUACAUGGGUGUGCAUUUGAAAAACUUCCAUCCCUAUGAAGAGCCUCGUUACAUCAAGGUUGGUACUAUUCAGUCUGAUCCUCCUCCAAACCCUUCAAUUGAUCAGUUUGUUCGACCAUACAGAUGCAACUACCAGGAAUGCCAGUACCGCACAGUGGAUGCUGAGGCCUUUAAGACCCACGUCAACGCACACGGUCCGUUUGUUAUCCUCAGCUGCGACUUCUGUCAUAAGCAUCUACACGUCAUUCCUCUGAUAGAUCACAUGAGGGAGCAUCAGAUGAACGAGUAUCAGUGUCCAUACUGUCUUCAUGGUGAUGCAGAAAAGGAACGUCUCCUUAGCCACCUCUUGAACUGUCACCCAGGUCGUCCAGGUAAAGUGUUACUGCGCAAACAGAUCACCUCCAGUGUCAGUGGGGCCGUUGGUGGCACUCAAGACUUUGCCUCACCACCACCAACACUACCACAACCACCACCUGAUGCAGCCAUCAAAAGGUUGAAUUCAUAUCCAGAUAACAGAUCAGCUGAAAAGAAGACCGAGGAAAGAAUUAGUUCAACUUUACCUGCGACUGGAAAGGAGGGGCCUCAGACUGCACUAAAUAUUGAAGGAAGAAGAAUGUCUAGAAGUCUGUCACGUGAGCUGGACAGCAAGUUGCAAGAUUCUGGGAUAAAUUUUAAUCUUGAUGAAGAUGGGAGUAGUAACUCUCGAAGCCAGAGCAUGGGGGCUGAUGACAGUUCUUCCCCUCAGACUGCAGAGAAGACAGACUUAAGUGGUCAUGCCCUGUACCGCUGUGGGAAUGAAAGUUGUGAGUACUCAAGCAUAUGUCAAAUACAGCUAAGGGAGCACCUUCAGGUAUGUGAUCUGGCUCAGGAUUCCACCAUUCUGAAGUGCUAUCAUUGUGGUAAACAGUGUCGACAUUUAAGCACUUUAUUUGAUCACCUACGUGUUCAUGGACCAAAGAGAUACUAUUGUGGAGUAACAGGAUGUGAUUAUCGAGCAACAAUGGUACAUUAUUUUAAGAACCACAUGAAACAAAUUCACCGGUGCUCAGGGUUUAAACAGUUGUUAAAGGAUCCCAAGAACAGAGAUCCAGAAACUCAAGAAUAUGUGGUGUAUCCCAAAGACGCUGUACCCCCUAUGAGAGAAGGACACAGGAAAAGAAAAAAUGAAUAUAGCAUUGAAGAUAUUCAUCGUAUUCCACGUGUACACAUUUCCUAUCACGACCUGAAGUGUUAUCAUUGUCAGUUUACAACUAAAGUGAGAUUGAAUUUAGUGAAGCACAUAAAGCUUCAUGAGAAACAUCCUGAUGGUAUUCCAGAGAGAUUAUAUAUAACUGGUGGUAAUUCCACUCCCAUUCCAAUGAAACAACCAAUCAAUCCUGUACCAUGCCUUGAUCGCAAAGAAUUGAUGUUUGACAAAAUGAUGAACUUGGCCGGUAGCAGUUUUGAAUAUAAAAAGAAGAAAGAAGACACAGAUUUCCGAGCUAAGAACCCAAUACCACAUGAGGAAUAUCUGAAGCUGCCAAAGUUUGUUGCUGAAGAAAGGCUUUACUCUUGUGGCAUUGAAGGUUGUAACUAUCUGUCCUGUGAUGAUAUGAUGUUGAAAUACCAUAUACGCACUCUUCAUGCUGACAUCGCAUCUUUCCCCUGCCCUCACUGCACAGAGCUGUCAAUUACUGUGGAGAAAAUGAGCUCUCAUUUCAAACUUCAUGGAGAGAGGCUUUUCAGGUGUGGCUGGUGCUCCUACAUCUCGUGUAGACGGAAUGUCGUCGAGAGACACAUGAAGGAUAAACAUCCCACAAAGAAACCGUUUGACUUUGUUAUAAGGGAACCUGAUGACCCGGAUGCACCAAAGAAGAUGGAGGAACAGACAUCUGAGCAUGAGUCCGUACCCCCCGUCCCCCCACCAGUUCUGCAAGAUCCUCAGUGGCAGUGUGGUCUGUGCAAGUUUAGUUCUGUGACUCAGCAAGAGAUGGUUAACCACACCAGCUUAAAGCAUGCCAUUAAGAGCCAGUUCAAGUGUGGGUACUGUAGUGUCAGAUCGUCCGUGCGCACUAGUUUUGAUGCUCACUUUGCGGCCAAACAUCCAUCACAGCCUUUCAGGGUACUUUGUAUGUACUACCGGUUGGACUCAGAAGACAUUGAGCCUUUACAUCAAGGAGGCACACAGCACACCCAUGAACCUCUGUGGAAGCGUAAUGAUCCAGAACGUAUUCGACAUAUUCGUGGCAUUUUGAUUGAGGAUGACCCAGAAACUAAAAAGACUUGGUUAAAGCAGACUGGAAUAGGGAAACCAGAUAAAGAAGAGUUUGUUUGCCCAAGAUGUGGCUCUUUUAAAACUUCCUGUAUAUCCACCUUCCGUUCCCAUCUCUGUAGGGAAGCGGAUUACGACAGAUAUCAGUGUGUGGAGUGUGGAGUGUGUAAUGCCCUCCUUCCCAGCUUACAGCGCCAUUAUACCAAGACACAUCAUGCCCCAUUUACUAAUGAGAGCUACCUCAAUCUACCUGUUGAAGAUGAAAAAGAAGGUUGGGUUGAAAAUGUUAUCAGCCGCCAACAACAGCUAAUCAAGCAGUGGCGAGAGAAGGGUUGCGUAGAGACUGUUUCUGAACCUGCUUCAUCUCAGUCUGGAGCAUUAACACCUCAACAUGCAUCUCCUGCCAAAACUGCAGCUGCCACACGUCGCUCUCUGUCAAACCUUGCACCUUCAGGUGAGGGCUCCCCCCAGCAAGGUGGUGUUGUGCUGCACGACUCGGGCAGUGAGCGGGGUCGAUUCGUCUGUGACACAUGUGGGUGUGAGUGCCGAUCAGCUGCUGGACUCAAGAGCCAUACCACUGCUAUGCACCAAGCCAGGUUCAAGUGUCAUUAUUGUCCAUUCGCAAGCAACAGCGAAGAUGCAGUGAAACAGCACAGUAGUGUCAAGCACCCCAAGUUACAAAAUGAAGUAUUAGAUGUGUCUCAGCGUUGCAAGGUCCAAAAGGCUGAUGACACACAGCCCAAUAAUGCUGCUUUAGAAGAGAUUGAUGUAUGUGAAAAUGACAGCCCAGUUUCCCCUUUAAAGGAUGAAACUCUGCAAGGAACAAAAAUAAAAAGUGAAGUGAAAUCAGGCAGUGAGAUUGGUGAGGGCAUUGUUGAAGGAGCCCUUAGUGUGGAGGAGUCACCUGAAGUGAUGAAGGUUUGUCCAUACUGUUCAUUUACAACAAAUUCAUCAUCAAGACUAAACCAACACAAACGCAAUAAGCAUGCGAAUACUCGCUUAUUCAUGUGCUCGUACUGUAAUGGACGCUUCAACACAAAAAUGGAUGCUCUUCGCCACCAUAAAUGGAAGCAUCAACAGCUGAAGCCAGACAUCACCCACCUGGAGGCAGAUGAGGCUCUUCUUAAAGUAGAAGGUGAAAUUAAUAAUAAAGGAAACAGCAAUGAAAGCUCUUUACCAUUGUUGCCUGUUGGCAGUAGAUUACCCAAAUUAGCACCAGGCCCAAAACCAAUGAGAAACAAGGCAAGAAAAUCCUUUACAAAGCCACUUCUCUCUUCAGCAUCUAGACAAGUACAAGAGUCUUCAACCAGUGCAUUAUCAAACAUCAAUACUUCUUACACUCUCCCAGUUGCUAGUAGUGAGUCUGAGGUUAGCUAUAGUUGUUGUCAUUGUAAUCAACGAUCAAAUAAAGUAGUUAUGGAUGAACACAUAAAGAAACAACACAGAGAUCUUCCAUAUCAAGUAAGAAAGGAAGAAGGAGAUAAGAUAUUUACUGAAGUGCAUAUAUAUAAGUGUGUACAUUGUAUUGCAGAAAGUAUAUCACUUGCACAGGCAAUGGAUCAUUGGAUUCAGAACCAUCCCUUGCUUGAUUUUAAAUUCAAAAUGGUUUUACGACAUUCUGGAGAGGUUUCAAAUCAGGUAGUGAGUAGUACAACUGCUGAUAAAGAACCACUAGAAACACCAUCAGAAAUGGAUACAAGUGGUACAUUGACACUAGACACUGAUGUCAGUACAACUGAUAGUGGAAUUAAUGCAGCAACAUCCUCAGCUAUUGCCUCUAGCACUGUCAUCACAAGCAGUUCAGAGAACCCUAAUAAAAAACCAUUGGUUAUUUCGAAACGAAGAGGAAGUGGUAAGGAUAUGAAAUCUCCAAAUAGGUAUAGCAUAGACACUGAGGAAGAGGAACAAAUAGAGGUCACUGAAGCAGUAGAAGAUGAGGGUGAAACUCUUGUCCAGUCAAGUUCUGAAACAGAGUGUGAAGAUUUGAUUUACAAGUGUGGUCUGUGUAAGAAGAGCAGUGAGAAGCUAGAAGAACUUCAGGCACACAUGAGCAAAAUCCAUGCCGAUCGAGCAGUUAAGGUAAAGAAGAUACGCCGUGAAGUUUUUGAACAGCUUUAUCGUGCUGAAUAUGAAUGUUGUCAUUGUGGCGAACGAGCCCGACAUCACCCCAUCCAGCGUCAUCAUAAAUCUGCUCAUCCCAACUUACCUUUGAAAAUUACACGUCUGCCAUCAGCACCAAGAGAGAAUAUAUACUUCAGGUGUGAUGUCUGUGGGCAUGUGGUAAAGAACUUACAGUCGAUUCGUCAGCAUAUUCGCCGCCACCAUCCUGAGGCAGAUGAGUUUACAUUCUCCAAAUUGACUUUGGGAUCUCCAAUGCGGCCUCCAAUGAAGCAUCCUUUUAAGUGCAAUUACUGUGGUGAUGUUGGUGAAACAGUUCAGGAAAUGCAAACACACCAUGCCUUUUUGCACUCACAUCUGGAGUGUAGUAUCACAAACUUAAUGGAUGAAGCUUUAUCAUCUGUGCACAGUCCAUCCACCAGUCAUAGUUCUGGGGAACCAAAACCUCCAGUAUUUGCACCAAUGCCUGCAGUGUGCAAAAGUAGCCCUGCUCAGAGUGGAGAGUUAAGUAACCCCCAAAUUCCUACAGCUGCACCCAUUGUGCCAAUGCCUAAACAUAAGAAUACAGCUAGAAAAUCCAUUCCAACACUUGUAAAGCAUGCAGUAGCCAAGAUGUCCACUUCCAAGCUACAGCGAAGUGUAGUAACAAAUAUUAGUGGUGGUGGUGAUGAUAAUAAUGAUGAUAAUGAUAGUGAUGAUAAUGAGCCUUUCAGUUCUUAUUGUGUACCACAACCUCCUCUUGAAUUAGAAAAUAUUUAUGCCUUUGUGAACCUUGGUGCAGGAGUUCCUAUGAGGCUUACAGUGCAGCAGCUACGGCGACUAAUUAAACUAUCACCUCAAGUUACAGUCACCAACAUUAAAAGUGUAAUGAAGAUUACGUGAAGCAUAAAUUUGUUAUGUCUUUUUAAACAGACUAGAAACAUUGUUGAAAACUAUAGGUAGCCCUUCAGUGUGUAUAGAAACAGAUGCCAUUCAUAAAGUGGUACAGUAAAAAGUAUUUUCAUCAAGUGAUCCCAUGAGCUCUGGAAUGUUAGUCUUUGAAAUAAUAAAUUCCAAAGAAUUAUGAUACUGUUUGCACAUGCUCUCAGAAGUAUAAUGUGCAUGGUGAAAAUUGAACAAACUUACCUGAAACAAUAUCAUUUUAAGAUCAAUUUAUGGUGCUGAAGUUAUGAGCCUAGGAUAAUCUGUAUUGUUUUUGUAUUAUACAUUCUUUUAAAAUCUCAUGCAUAACAAAGAGUACAUGCCAAAUCACUUUCAUAUAUGAAGUAAUUUAUCAGUGUUUGCUUUUUGUUGGUAAUAUGUUUAAACGGUAUCUUGACAUGGAAAAGUGGAUUGUUUUUAAAUUGCUUAAAUUAAGCAUAAAUUAAAUUAAGGAAAUGUGUCUUCCUAUAACAAAAAAAAAUUCACCCAUAGCAUAAGUUAUGUUUCUGUGAUAAUCUUCUUUAUGUUUUUUAAGUCUCAAGAUUUUGUUUAGUGUUUCUAUGAAUCAUAUGUUAUGUAUACACUGGGGAAAUAAGUUAUAAGACUGACCACAGUGAGGAUUUGGUCCUCUGUUUAUUGUUUCAGUAAAUGUGGAGGAAUAUUUUCUCAAUUAUAUUGACUGUAUUACUUACUGGAAAUACUCACAUAUUCACAUGAAUUAAUUAUUGUUGUGGAAUUUGUGGUGUCUUCGGUUUUAACUGAUGAUGUGUAACACAGUCAGUAGUGGCUAUUGCUCAAGGCCAAUGUACUUUUUUGCUAGCUCUGGUGUGGGAGCACAGCUCAAAAUAAUUUAAUGAUAAAGGCCAUGAAAAUGUAAACAAAGCUGAGCAUGACACAAAUUUUGUGCGAAUGUACAUGAUUGUAUUACUGAAUUAUAGUUAUUCCCUUCAUUUUUGAAAUAAAAUGUUUUCCUUGUUAUUUAUUCAUUCCUUGUAUGAAUACGAUUAAAAAGUUGGUACAAACAUUAGGAAGAUAUGAUUUGAACAGUUCCUAGUUGGAUUUGGUCUGCUACAUUUUUUUAUAGUGAAUAGUUGGAGACAACAUAGUGUUAAGUUUCAACCUGUGCACUUCCACAAUAUUGAUGGUUCUUUGACAGUACUGAACACAAUUUUGUAACAGUUCUUUUUAGUCAUAUACAAUAAUUAGAUACCUCAUUCCAAUGUAAUACAAACUUAAAAUAUAUGAUCUUGUUUAAAAUAUACUGUAAAUAUUAAGUAUGCUGCAUCAUAAUAUUUAUUUUAAGGUACUGUAAUUUUUAAAAAUUUAAGAGGAGUGGUUAAGAUUAAAAGUUGUCACGAGUUGAAUGCUCUGAAUGGUGCCCAUUAGUGUUGAGGCCAAGAUUUGGACCAGCUUAGUAAAGCAGUUAGCUUUAGGAUGAUGAUGGCAUUAUAUAAGAAAACCUUUGUUAGAUAUUAUUUGUUUGUGAUUGAAUGCUUUUGUAGUUGGCAACAUACACAAAAUUGUAACAUUUCUUAAGUACUGUACUACUUGGAUAUGCUCUAUUUCCUUACACGAAAUCAUUCCUCUUUGUACCUUUACUCACAUUCAUGACACGAGGAUAGCAUCAUUUGUAUGUUCCAUAUCAUAAGGUCAGUAAUUUGAUUUUUCUGUACAUAAAAUAAAAUCAUAUUUUAGUUGAUCUUCUCA